CCAGCCCCGUAGUGAUCAGGCACAGAGCAGCUCACUUUGACUUACCUCACCUCACUCCCUUUGCCACUAUCUAUACCAUGAAGGCAGCAGCUGCAUACAUGCUCCUAAUGCUGGCACUAAUGCCCAUCUUCAAUGUGGAGUCAACCUCAAAAAAACAAGUUGACUGCAGUGGCUUUAAAAAAUUGCCACCAGGCGAGGCCCCGGUCUGCAUACAAAUAUAUGACCCAAUAUGUGGUUCUGAUGGAAACACAUAUUCUAAUAAAUGUAUUUUUUGCUCUGCUGUUAAGCAGAGUGAUGACAGAAUCAGAUUUGUAAAUUUUGGGAUGUGUUGAAUUAAAGCAACAGUUCUGAAAUAUUCUCUGCUUCCUUUCCUUCCAACUAGAAGAUCAAUGCACAAGACAUCUGUUUUUCCAGAAGAUUCUCCUUCCGAAUGUUUGUCUGAUUGUCAACACUGCUUAUAGAAUAAAAGCAAAAUUUAUUGAAAAAA